AUGUCUGGAGUUGAUAAUGUUUACAUAAUUCCGCCGUACCUUCUUCAAACAUGUUUGGGCCUGCAAACACAGCACCAGCUUAUGAAAGCCGAUCCAGUAUUGGGCGAAAGAAACACCAUCAGUACCUCAGGGAAAUACUACUUCCGUCAACCACGUUUCUUGCCUCUGGAAUCGAAAACGUUUUGUAACGAUCCGCUUGUUAAUGAUACGAUUAAGAAAAAGCUUCGGGACAAAUUUGCCGCUUUGGGGCUUUUGGGAUGUACUCCAGCAGAAACCUUGUCUGAUGACUAUUUGCUAGAGUUAUACGAUGCUUUCAAGACUCGUCUAGGCAUGGCGUCGUCUGAAUUGGGUGAUAUUGGCCCAAAAGCUGUCGACACGUCUCUUCAUGGCUCCGAUUCCUCCAUGAGCGACUCACCUGCUGGAUCAGGGCACCCUAAGUCCAAAAAGUCUAUUUUCGAGAUCCCUCGGCUUGGGGAGGUUGUCUUUGGUCUGCAAUUUUGCAAUGAUUCGUUCCUUGAAAACUUAUCCUUUGACUCUUUGAUGUCCUGGGUAAAAGACAGUAAUGAGCACAAGUAUUCAUUUUUCCCUUAUCUCAUGUCAGGCAAUCAGAAUAUCUUCCUAACCCCUUUCCCGAUGUACUGGACUCCGCUUUGUGUGUUUGAGGAUUUGGAAUACUUGGACAACACUCUAGGCAUGAACAUCAGCAUUGAUGAUGGGUGUUCGAAUCUUGAUUUUCAACUCCGGUCUGAAUCGUAUAUGCAUAGCGAUUCUCCAGCAAAGAAAAAGUUUUUCAAUUUCAUUGCAAACAAGGAAGUAGAAGAGAGCACUGGUGUUUUCUAUUAUGAGGUUCUGGUAGAGCAAGAAGCUACAAACGUGACUGAUUUCAAACCAAUUAUUUUUGCAAAUGACCCCUCUAUCUCCUCCAACUCUUCCCUUUUAUUUUCCAUGGGUUUCACGAAAAGAAAUGUUCAAGUGGAGAACGUAUCGGUGCCUACAGGCGUGGCCACACCUUCUUCUAGCUCCUUUCGUCAAAUUGACUUGAAGAAUGUUCAGAGCAACAUUUCUUUCUACAAGCAAGAUGUAUCGAGUAAAAGAUUUGAUUGGACAACCUUGCGAUUCUUGAGUUUAGAGCCAGGAGUGGACUUUUCUGGCAGUUUUGCAGUAAGCUUUAAUAACUCCUGCUCAUACUCUUCUGUCAAGAGUCAGGAAUCGGUACGCAGAGAUUCUGCAAUCAGUAUCAACAGGCGGUUUUCUCAAUUAAACCGGCUGUCCAUGGAGGACCAACACACCAGCAAUAUUGGUAUUGAAGUACCUUUAACAAACCACACAUCAACUAAAUCCGCUACUAAUGUUUGCUACAAGACUGACACACUUGGAUGUGGAGUGAAUUUUGUGGAGAAAACGUUGUUCAUCACUCUUAACGGUAUUCAUGUAAAAACAAUCACAGAAAAAGAAAUGACAGAAUCGAACACUGACAAAGACUCAAUAUUCUCUAGUGACCUGGAUAAUUUGUCCUUGUUUCCUAUGAUUGGUUUUCAGCUUUUCGACCUACCAAAUACACUUAGUAGUGGAGAAGCCCCAAAGUCGAGAAUUUCUACUAAUUUCGGCUUGAAACAAUUCAAGUUCAACAUCGAAAGGUAUGUCUCUACUCUUAAAGAGAAGCAAAAAGCAGAACUAGCAUCAUCUAUUAUAGACGAAUUGCAAAAGACUACAGAAGUGGAUGCUAUGCCCGAAAAGUCGGAUGUAGCUGAGUUUGAAAAUGCGGUAUGCAACUUGAAAAACGAUGCCUCGCUUUUAAAUGAUCUAAUCAAGGGCUACCUAGUUCAGGAAGGGUUUUUAGAUACUCUUUCUGCUUUUACUACUGAUUUAGAUGAAUUGGAUCGGAACAUGUCGCACAAUUUUCAAGAUGUCAUUAUGGAAGGUGACUCAGAUCCCCUGGUGGGAUAUCUUAAAGAAUCGUUAGCAGUGCCUCGCAAGACGUUAAGAUCACUAAUAUUCGAUCAUAAGUUUAUUGAGGCUGCGGGUUAUUUAUCUCGAGAAUUUCCUAAUUUAAAAUCAGGAAAAAAGUAUGUUUUGGAGUUGCAACUUCUCCACUAUGUGGGCCUUCUUCGGCAUUAUCUUUCCCUUAAAUUCGAUGGAAAGAAAUCGGAUGCAAAUAAAGCAGCGACUAUAGACCAGUUGUUGAUGAGCGCCAUUGAUUUCGGGAAACAUUUCCUUGAAAGUUCAGAAGGCAGUGAUGAAUUUGUACGUACCUUUGGCGAGUUAUCAAGUGUUUUAACGAUUGAAGAACAAGAGCACAUACUGGAAUUUCCACUAGCCAAGAAAUACAUUGAAAAUUUCUCCAAACAUGGGAAGGAGUUGGUUGAAGAUGUGAAUGCGGCUAUUUUGGCAUCGCUAGGCUUCCAUCAUGAGAGUAAACUCGAAACCAUGAUUCAAGGAGCUGGCCACAACAUAGCUGAAUUAUGCUCAGAUAAGGAUAACAUGUUUAAAAUGGUUAACUAUGAGCGAGACUAUAUAGAUAUCUAG